UUGCGUUGAUUAAUUUUAUUUACAACAAUGGGCACGGAUGAUCUUAUUACUUUAUUGUCGGUAGAGUUCGAGGUUUUUGGACAAGUACAAGGAUGUUUCUUUACCAAAUACUGCAAGGAUCUCGCGCUGCAGUUAAACAUUACUGGCUGGGUGAAGAAUACAAAGAUGGGAACUAUAGUAGGCAAGUUGCAGGGAAGGAAGGCUGAAUUGGAACACAUGCUUGAUUGGCUGAGCACCACAGGGUCUCCAGGCUGCAAAAUAGAGAGAUGCGAGCUAAGGAAUUGGGUGUAUUUGACGCGCUUCGAUUAUAACGACUUUAGCAUACGCUUUUAGUGAUUUGAAAAUAAAUUAUUUUGUAAUAUAA